UCCACGGUUUCGCUAAACAUGCAAUCGUUUUAUCCAGGAAUCACCUCAUCUAUUCUGUCCUGGCAAGCCAUCAGCAUCUCGUCCAGCGUCACCUCUCAUCUGAUUUCCGCUAAGAAAUUCAGAUGGCAUUAUUUUCCCCCCUCUCAAGCUCGAUAAAAAUCGCUCGCUUCAAUCCGAUCGCGAAUUGUUCAGCCUCGGUGACAUAAGAGGCACCUCUUCUCGUAAGAAAGGGGCCGAUCGAGCGAGCGAGGAGAAGAGCGCGGGCAGAGGUUUUCUGCAGCCGCUAGUCCGCCCCAAGAACCGGGGUGGGCGGAUCGGCCAUGCCGCCGCCGCUGCGGGAGGAGGAGGGCGGCGAUUCGGCGGCGCCGGCGGCGCUGCGGACGCCCGCGCACGUGAUGGCGCGGGUGUUCUCGCAGCUGGACUGCAUCGAUCUCCUCAGCUGCUCCCUCGUCUGCAAGCAAUGGUACCACGAUUCUGCAGAGCUUAGAGAGGAGUGGAGGAAGGAGUACCUGGAUGCUUGGAACCAAUUUGGAUUAUCUGUGAUGCGUGAGGCGCAACCGCUAUGCCUUACUUGCUCGCUGAGAAGCUUGCAUAGUCUGUGCCCAUGACCUUGCUGCUAUCUUGUUCUCCUUUCAUUUUAAUCAGGCAGAAAGGAUCAAUAGAUUUUACUGUUCAUGGUGAUUGUUACAAGAUCAUGUAUACGGGCAAUCAAAACUGUUGUGUUACAUGGUGUAUAAUUAACAAUGUGCAAAUGUACAUGUUUGGUGUGUGAUUUGUUGUACACUUGUACUCCAAGUUAUGCAAGAUAAGGAAGAACCUUCCAUUAGGAUUUUAGGA